AUGCCGCUGCUUAUCCUAGCAUUGUUGAUUCCUGUCGCACUUUCUUGUCUUCCUGGAGGUCGGUAGAGCCUUCACAAUGCUCACUCCCCCAUCUUUUCAGGAAUAGGCUCCAAUUGUGGAUGUAGCCAAUGUCCUUGCGGAACUUCUUCACCAUCACUCAACUACGGCGCACAUUACCAACCUUCCUACGCUGCUCCGAUUCCUGUAACUUUUAAAAAAAUGAUUGCCUCCCAAUAUCUGAUGCUUCUAAGGGUCCUAAUUUGGCUGCGCCGUCAUCAUACCAGGGUCACUAUGCCAGUCCAGUUUUACAGCAGGACUUGGGGAAUCGUUCACCUUCCGGCAGUCGCCUUGUCAAUCCAGACUACUAUGGCCGAGCGCCGCUAAGCUUUCCGGUAAGAAUCGCCACGAUAAAAAUUCACAAAGUAUAUUUCUUCAAGGGUGAAACACCACAGUACCCGCCGGUGCCGUCGUCAAAUCAUGUUAGUUUUUUAUUUUAAAAUUGAUUUUCAAAAUGACAUUUCCUUUCCAAACGACCUGUGCUACACUGUGUCACCUGUGCUACACUGUGUCAUAAUACCUGUGCUACACUGUGUCAUAAUUUAUAAUGCUUUCUUUUCUAUUGACUUUUUCUUUAAAACUCUGUACAAUCCUCGAUUCUUAUUCUGACCUUAUCAUCUUUCAAUACUGGCUCAGAGGCUCGUGAGGGCCUCAAGUGCCUUUUAUUUAUUUAUUUCAGGCUUUUAUGCCAAUCUUCCCUUCUUUUUUUGUACAUGUUAUUUCGUUCUGCCUGUAAAUAAAUUAUAUUAUUAAACGAAUACUUCAGAUCUCUUCUUUCACUACGGCGCCUACCCAGGAGGUAGCGGUGUACGCGGAGCAGAUGACGUUGUCGCACACCUCCUUGCCAGCGUCUGAUGACGUCACACCCAGUAAGAUCUCUCCCGUCGGCUCUGUUCACUCUGUUUUAGAAAACCCUUUCCUCUCCAAUACGAACGAUUCACUACAAAACGCGCCACGAAUUCAGCAGAUUGAGGUUUUUUUUUCUUGAACCUUUCUUUGAAAAGUAGAAAAAAUGUGAUUUCUAAAUAUUUAUAGGUUUCGCCGAGCCAAGCCACCUCUUCUGAAGACUCCUACGGAGCUUCUCCGCCAAGUCGGCAUCAUUCGGGAGUUAACGGCACAAAGACCUACACGACUUACUACAAUCAAGUUGAUACUUUAAUAUCUCAAACCAUGCAUAUUUAGAAAAUUUUGAAGGGGAUUUUAUGACUUUUCCCUCCAGAAUUUGGAGAAUAGCCGAUUCACGGCUAACUUGGGACGCUGAAGGGACGUGGCGUUUCUGCGCUCUCCAUCAAUCAGGCACUAUCUCUUUAUUAUCGUGUCAGGACCCUUUUUCCAAUGGCUCAAGCCAGCCGUGAAUCAGCUAUAUUCUUAUCUGUCUGGGCCCUCUUUUCCCCACCGGUGUGGUUAUAAAACAAUCGGACGAUUGAACAUAAAUUCUCCGAUGAGGAAAGAAAGAGCGCACAUGAAAAUGAGAAAAAGAAACUGGCGAAAGUAUUUGAUAAAAAGAAGCUUUUGAGGUUUGCACUGGAGAGUGGAUGGCGAAAGCGGAGAAGGAGACGAUUUUGUCGGCGACAAAAAAGUGCGCGGUCCUCGGCUGCGUUGCGGCCAAUGCACUGCCUGACAGCUUCGGCACCUACACGGUCCGUCCGGAAAAAAAGAUUCAAAAGACAUUGGGAAUCUCAGGUCAACUUUCUUAGUACAGGCACCGGUCGAAUAAAUCGAAAAGGGUACUACUGUCUUUCGAGUAAGCAUGACGAAAUUUUUCAAAAAACUUUUGUUGAUAACAGGCAAACGUCAGCUCAUGAAAAGCAGAAAAGUCAUCAAGCGAUUUGAAGAACUGGUAAGCUGUUUUACCAUUCGAAUCAGUUUGAGUCAAACUGAAAACAAACUGUUUGACGACAUGUUCUACAAAGAAAUUCAAAUUUUAGAUCGUUCUUAUUGUUUUUGACGGAUUUAUUUACAUAAAUUGAGUAAAAUUGAAAAUUAAUUAAAUUGAAUUAAUUUUAAUAGAUUCGAACAUAUAUUUCCUUACAAGGGAUGUCGUUUCACUUCGCGGUUGGGAUUCCAUGAAAACUGGCCAAAAUACUCUUUGAUGUACCAGAAAAGGAUCCUGAAAGUUUCUACCUGCACGAAUUCUCAGUAUUUGAGAAAUGAGACCUCAAGGCCCUAAAAAGGCCUAAUUUUACGGAUUUUAAUGUCCUUUUUGAUUUUUAUUGGACUUUUUGAAAAGUUAAUUGUGCAGGUUAAGACUUUCAGGAUCUGUUUUUGGGUUCAUCAAAUUUUACCGCAAACCAAAGUGACCUUUCUUGUUAACUUUUACUGCAAUCACAGGACGCAACGGAGAAGACUGAACGAGUGCGACGUCUGCUUUGGCGGCGACGGCAAAUGGCCAGAAGCUGA